UCAGGUGCCUUGGGACUGGCGUGGCCAGUUCGGUUUUGUAUGGGAAGAAGGGACACAUGUCACGUGGGAACGGGCCGGUCCACGCCCGGAGUUGUCAACAGGCUCAGCGUGGAGCGCUCUCGUGGCGGGGGCGCGGCGUGCAGCCUCGAGCCGCUUCCCCGUGACCCGCGAGUCAGCGCUCGCCUAGUUCCCCCGUGACGGCGCCGGAGCCUCGCGGUCUUCCUUGGCCGCGGAUUUAGCAAGGGGUUAGCGAAUAGUAGCCUUCCGCUCCACCAAAUCCCGAAAAAGCUCCCCUGUAGCUGACUUGACUUUUCUUUGGAAAGGAAGAACGUUCUUCAGCUUGCUGCAGCUGUUAAAAAAUGCGACCUUGUGGGCAAAGGAACGCCUGUUUAACUGAGCUGUUUUAUAUGAAGGUGUUUUUCAGGCUCUGGAAGGGGUGCAGACUUGAAUUAUAAUGGACCCAUUAAAAUUUUCAUUCAUUUUAGCAGCUGCGUGUGUUCGUUAGCAUUAGCUAGCUGAAUGAGAUGAUGUAGUUUGGACUGCUUUCUUGGAGACACUGUUUCUUCUGGCAAAUUCUCCCUUCCUUGACUGCCUUAGUUUGUUAUGUGCAUCUUUGCAUUAUUUUCAGGUGGAUGGCAGGGUAUCUGCCUUCAUAAAAUAUACUGCUUGUGAUGCCUCCCUGGAAAUGACAGGGGGGCAUCCCUUCCAAAUGAAGGAUUUAGGAUCUUCCAUACUUUUCUUUGCUUCUAAAGAUUCAAGACUUCCCGCCUUGGUGGUGCAGGCCUGUAAUCCCAGCUGCUGGGGAGGCUGAGGCAGGAGGAUGUGCUUAGCUAUAUUCCUUGUGGGCCUCAGCACCAGCUCCAACCAUGUGGACCCCAGAUGAGAUCGCUCAGCUGUGCUAUAAGCACUAUGAGAUCAGGCUGCCCAAGCAAGGGAAGCCAGAGCCAAACCGUGAAUGGACAUUGUUGGCAGCUGUAGUGAAGAUACAGUUUCCAAUUUAUGAGGCCAGUGACACUCCUGAUAAGCCAGUGCACGUGACAAAGGAAGUUGUCUCAAUGGGAACAGGAACGAAAUGCAUAGGCCAAUCCAAAAUGAGGAAGAGUGGAGAUAUUCUCAACGAUAGCCAUGCUGAGGUUAUAGCCAGAAGGAGUUUCCAAAGGUACCUUCUCUAUCAGCUGCAAUUGGCAGCUACCCUAAACAAGGAGAGUAUCUUUGUCCCAGGAACUCAAAGAGGACUGUGGAAACUCAGACCCAACCUCUUGUUUGUGUUUUUCUCCAGCCAUACGCCCUGUGGCGAUGCCUCCAUCAUUCCAAUGCUUGAGUUUGAAGAACAGCCUUGCUGUCCUGUUAUCAGAGAUCAGGAUAGCAGUUUAUCAUUAGAAGACAGUGGUAAUGUGAAGACUCCUGAAAAUGAAAGGAAACACGAAGACCCUGACGGUCCUGUAACCAAAAAGAUGAGGCUUGAGCCUGGAACUCCUGCCAGGUUCUUCACCAAUGGCACAGCUCAGCAUGGCAAGCAAGACAGUGGCUCGUUUGCAUCAGGUGUCAGAGGCUCUAACCUCACUGUAGAAAGACUGGCCGAUGUCGCCUGUGGAGCUCCCAGGAGUGCCACAGUGGUGGACAUUUAUAGAACUGGAGCCAAGUGUGUGCCUGGAGAAGCUGAAGACUUGAGGAAGCCAGGUGCUGCAUAUCACCAGGUGGGGUUGCUCCGAGUGAAGCCAGGCCGGGGAGACAGGACCUGCUCCAUGUCAUGCAGUGACAAGAUGGCCCGAUGGAAUGUCCUUGGAUGCCAGGGUGCACUUUUGAUGCAUUUCUUAGAAGAGCCCAUCUACCUGUCAGCUGUGGUCAUUGGGAAGUGCCCAUACAGCCAGGAAGUCAUGCAGAGAGCACUGAUUGGAAGGUGUCAAAAUGUCUUGGCUUUACCCAAAGGUUAUGGAGUUCAAGAACUGAAAAUACAGCAGUCAGAUUUACUGUUUGAACAGAGUCGCUGUGCAGUGCAGACAAAAAGGGCUGACAGUCCCGGCCGACUUGUUCCAUGUGGGGCAGCUAUCAGCUGGGCUGCAGUUCCUGAGCAGCCAUUGGAUGUUACUGCCAAUGGCUUUCCACAGGGAACAACAAAGAAAGGAAUUGGAAGUCUUCAGGCCAGAUCCCGAAUCAGCAAAGUGGAACUCUUCAGAUCAUUCCAGAAGCUGCUGAGCAGCAUUUCAGAAGACAAGUGGCCAGACUCCCUCAGCUCUGCCUGCAGAGAAUGGGAAUUUGGAAGGUUGCAGAAGUUGGAUACCUACCAGGAGCACAAGGAGGCUGCAUCUGCUUACCAGGAAGCCUGGAGUGCACUCCGGAAGCAAGCCUUUGCAUCCUGGAUCAGAAACCCACCAGACUAUCACCAGUUUAAAUGAGAAAGAGAAGUUUUUAGAAGAUCUGCUGGUAGCAGGACUCUUCAUGUUGACUGCCUCUUCCUUCAUGCAGGAUAAUCCUUAAGCUUUUCUAAUGGCUAAAUUAAAAAAAAAAAAAAAAAAACCUUCUCCCAGAGGACUGUACCUCAUUUUUGUAUAACGUAGAUGGAAUCCAGAACAUAGCAGUCUAUACUUGACUGAGAGCUGAAGAAGCUCUUUGCUAAAAUGGCAUCUCACUGAUGACCUGGGCAUCUGACUUCCAUUGUAUUUUAUUGCUUCUCUACAAUUCAAAAUUAGAGUUUGGAACAUGACGCUAUAAAAUCACUCUCCAGCAGCUCAGUUUUAUGUGUUUCUACAUUGAUUCAGCAAGUAUUUAUUGGACUGAAAUGAUGUGUAAUAUCUGAAGCCUUACAGCUCAUCAGGCUUAGAGAACAUGAAUUUUGUAUCCCCAGCCUCUCUAUCUCUGGGGAGCCAUCCUUUUCUCAGGCCUCAGCAGUCGGGCUUGGUUGAGGUUAACUGGACUCCCGGGCCCAGGAAUGUGAGCCUGCUCUGGACGGCCCUGUUUUCAGCACUGACAAGAAAGAUUCUCUUUUGGUCAGAGGUGUGAGGGCCACAUAGUCUUGGAACUAUGGUGGCCGACUUUUCCUACCAAGUAGAGACAGCCAGGGGAGGAGGAAAGCAGCCAGGAGGACCAAGCUCUAGGGACAUGAUUUGGAUGCCUGAAGCCAGCAGCCACCCUGGACCUGUUAAGUGGCCCAGAUUCCUAUUGUUUUGAUUAAUAAGCCUCUUGGCAUUGGUUUUCUGACAGCUAAGAGUUCUGUCUAAAAGGCCACAAGUCCCUAUAGUAAAUCAGCAACAGACCUAGCAACCAAUCCUGUUGGACUAACAUCUAAUAUUAGCUCUCAACUUCUUCUCACCUUUAAUAACAUUGGACUGAAAAUAACAGCUCUCCAUGUUGGAGUCACUCAAGGUUGGCAUUCUUAAUAAUUUUAAAUAUUUCUUAAUAACAGCUUUAUUGAGCUAUAGUUCACAUACCAUAAAAUUCACCUACUUAAAGUAUACAAUUUAGUGAUUUUUAGAAUAUCCACAGUUACACAGCCAUCAACCGUAGAACAUUUUCAUUACCCCUAUAAAAAAACUUCAUGUUAGUUUUCAAGGACUUUCUUAAUAAAGUACCUACCACAAGCUGCAUGGCUCUAACACAAUAGAAAUAAUUCUGUCAUUUCUGAAAUCUAGAAAUCCAAAAUGAAGGGGUCAAAAUUGAAUGGGACUGGGCAUGGUGACACACGCCUGUAAUCCUAGUAGCUCAGGAAGCUGAAACAGAAGGAUUGUGAGCUCAAAGCCAGCCUCAGCCAAAGCAAGUGCCAGGCAAUGAGUGAGGCCCUGUCUCUAGAUAAAAUACAAAAAUAGGACUGGGAAUGUGGCUCAGUGACCAAGUGCCCCUUAGUUUAAUCCCCCGUACCCCUACCCCCCCAAAAAAAAAAAAUUGAAUGGGACUUAUGUUCCCUCUAAACCUAGGAAGGAUCCUUCCCUGCUUCUUCCUUGGCACUGCUGGCUCGCAGCCGUCCUUGGCCGUCCUUGGCCUAGCUACUUUACUCCAGUUUCUGCCUCGGUCUUCACCUGCCCUCUUCCCUUUAUAUACCUCUGUUUUUACCUGGCCCUGUAAGAACUCCAGUCAUAUGAAUUAGGGCCCAUCCUAAUUCACUCUGAUCUCAGUGAACUACAUCUGCAAAGACCUUAUUUCCAAACAGAGUCAAAUUCUGAGGUUCCAGAUGGAUGUGAAAUUUGUGGGGGGAUACUGUUCAACCUAGUAUAAUACCUAUUAGCAGUCUGUCCUCAUUUUUUCUCAACUCCCCAGCCCUGUGGCAACCAAUAAUCUAUUUUCUGCUGUGAUUUUGCCUGUUCUGAACAUUACAUGUAAAUGGAAUAAAACAACAUGUGGUCUUUUG